AUGGCCACCAACGGCGAGACCUCAGCAGUUGUCGUGCCUAUACUGGGCAAAGACAGCAUCAUAGUCGACUACGGCCUCUGGCGCCAAUACGUCGUCGCCGACAUCCUCCGCAACGUCCCCAGCUCCACCUAUGUCCUGAUCUGCGACUCGAACCUGGCGAAGCUGGACUAUGUGCCGCUGUUCAAGACGCGCUUUGAAGCGGAGCGGGAGAGCUUGGGGAAGAGCGAGGAUGAGGUGAGACUAUUGAUCUAUGACCAAGUCAAGCCCGGCGAGACGUCGAAGAGCAGGAAGACGAAGGCGCAGAUUGAGGAUUGGUUGCUGCAGCAGGGAUGCACGAGGGAUACUGUCAUUCUGGCACUGGGAGGUGGUGUCAUGGGAGAUCUGAUCGGUUUCGUCGCCGCGACGUACAUGCGUGGUGUGCGGUUCUGCCAGAUUCCUACAUCCCUGCUUGCGAUGGUGGAUAGCAGCAUCGGCGGCAAGACGGCGAUCGACACACCACUAGGAAAGAAUCUUAUCGGUGCUUUCCACCAGCCCGAGAGGAUAUACAUUGACCUCGCAUUUCUGGAGACGCUGGAUAAGCGGCAGGUGUGCAAUGGGAUGGCGGAGGUCGUGAAGACGGCGGCGAUUUGGGACGAGGAUGAGUUUCAGCGGUUGGAGGAGAACGCGGAUGCGAUUAUGGCUGCGUUAGAUAGGCCGGCGGGGCCUGGGCGGUUUGAGGGGGUGGAAGAGUCUUUUAAGAGGAUCGUGCUGGGUAGUGCGAAGGUGAAGGCGGAGGUUGUUUCGGCGGACGAGAAAGAGGGAGGGUUGAGGAAUCUGUUAAAUUUUGGGCAUUCUAUCGGACAUGCAUAUGAGGCGAUUCUGACGCCGGAGAUAUUGCAUGGCGAAAGUGUGGCUGUAGGGAUGGUCGCAGAGGCCGAGCUUGCGAGGUAUCUGGGUGUGCUGCCACCUGGCGCAGUUGCGAGGCUGUCAAAAUGCAUCUCGAGCUACGGCCUACCGACAUCACUGCAGUCGAAGCUGAUCACCAACCGAACUACCAAGAAGUGUGAAGCUGACGAGCUACUGCGACGCAUGGCUGUCGACAAGAAGAACUCCGGCUCGCAGAAAAAAGUUGUGCUUCUUUCGGCCAUCGGGAAGUGCUACGAGCCACAAGCCACCAAGGUUGCAGACAAGGACAUCCGAAUUGUCCUCACGCCCAGCAUUGCGAUCAAGCCGGGUGUACAAAAGGGGCUGAAUGUUUCCUGCAAGCCGCCCGGCAGCAAGAGUAUUUCGAAUCGUGUCUUGUUGAUGGCCGCUCUGGGGCAAGGCAAGUGUAGGAUCAGCAAUCUAUUGCACUCGGACGACACUCAAUUCAUGCUUUCGGCCAUUGCUAAGCUUGGAGGAGCCACGUACAGUUGGGAAGACGAAGGCGAGACGCUCGUACUCAAUGGUAAUGGCGGCGCGCUCAAGGCCAGCUCCGACGAGAUCUACAUCGGAAAUGCUGGAACCGCAUCGAGGUUCCUUACCACUGCGGUUUCGCUUGCCCAGGCGACAUCGAAGGCUUCACACACCGUCUUGACCGGCAAUGCACGCAUGCAGGAGCGCCCACAAGGUCCUCUCGUCGAUGCGCUGCGAUCGAACGGCGUCAGCAUUGACUACAUGAAAGAAGGCAGCCAGAGCCUCCCGCUUCGCAUUGGCGCUGCUGGCGGCUUCGAAGGCGGCGACAUCGAGUUGACGGCGAAGGUGUCUUCGCAGUACGUCUCAUCCAUUCUCAUGUGUGCACCUUAUGCGAAGAAGCCCGUCACGCUGCGUCUGGUCGGCGACAAAGUCAUCAGUCAGCCGUACAUUGACAUGACGAUUGCCAUGAUGGCUUCCUUCGGUGUGCACGUCACGCGAAGUAAGACUGAGAAGAACGUGUACCACGUGCCGAAGCAGAAGUACGCCAAUCCCGCCGAAUAUGAGGUCGAGAGCGAUGCAAGCAGCGCUACGUACCCGCUGGCUGUUGCUGCGAUCACUGGCACGACAUGCACCGUGCCCAACAUUGGCUCUGCCUCGCUACAAGGCGAUGCGAGGUUCGCUAUAGACGUGCUGGAGCCGAUGGGCUGUAAGGUCAAUCAGACCGAAACAAGCACGACGGUCACGGGUCCGCCCAUGGGCGAGCUGAACCCACUGCCGCAGGUAGACAUGGAGCCGAUGACUGAUGCGUUCUUGACAGCGUCUGUCCUUGCCGCUGUGGCGAAGCCUGGGAAGCAUGGUGCUACUACCAGAAUUACUGGGAUUGCGAAUCAGCGGCAGAAGGAGUGCAACCGCAUCAAGGCUAUGCAUGAUGAACUUGGCAAGUUUCGGGUGGUGUCGCGGGAGCUUGAGGAUGGCAUCGAGAUCGAGGGGCGAGGGCUCGACGUGAGUGAGCCAAGAGGCGGCGUCCACUGCUACGACGACCAUCGCGUUGCUAUGAGCUUCAGCGUACUUGGCCUCGUCACGCCUAUUGAGACGCUGAUUCUGGAGCGUGAGUGCGUGGGUAAGACGUGGCCUGGCUGGUGGGACCAGCUGCAUCAGCUGUUCAAGGUUGAGUUGGCGGGCGUGGAGCCGAAGCACAGCCAGAGCAACGGGGUGUCAGCGUCGAACGGAGUAAACGGCGUCUACAACGUCGGCGAGGUGAAGAAGAGCAUCUUCAUCAUUGGCAUGCGAGGAGCGGGUAAAACCACGGCUGGCGGCUGGGCGUCACGGAUCUUGGGUUGGCCGCUUCUCGAUCUCGACACAGAGCUCGAGAGAGUGGAAGGCAUGACCAUUCCUCAGAUGCUGAAGGGCAAUGACUGGGCGGGCUUCCGACGCAAAGAACUGGAUGUGUUGAAGACUGUCAUGAAAGAGAAGCCAAACGGACACGUCUUCGCUACAGGCGGUGGCAUUGUGGAGACGCCGGAAGCUCGGCAACUUCUGAAGGACUGGCAGAAAGAUGGUAUGGUCUUGCUCGUCACUAGGGAUAUCCAGCUCGUGAUGGACUUCCUCCAGAUCGACAAGACGCGCCCAGCGUAUGUAGAGGAUAUGAUGGGCGUCUACCUCCGUCGAAAGCCUUGGUUCGAGGAGUGCAGCAAUCUGCAUUACCAUUCACAGACCGUCGAUGAGAGCGCGACGAUUGCCGGCUGGACAAGUCCAUUGGACGACUUCACCAGGUUCUUGUUCACGAUGACUGGGCGCAGCGAGGCGCUGGCGAAGAUAACGAGGAAGCAGCAUUCGUUUUUCAUCGCUUUGACGUUGCCGCAGGUGGAUAAGGUAAAGCCCAUCUUGCCUGAAGUGACGAUGGGCUCGGACGCUAUUGAAUUGAGGGUGGAUCUCCUGGUCGAUCCUGAUGCUGAGGACGGACUGCCGACUCCGGACUUCUUGGUCGAGCAGGUGGCGCUGUUGAGAGCUUCGAGCACGUUGCCGCUUAUCUUUACGCUGCGGACGGUAUCGCAGGGCGGAAGCUUUCCAGAUGACGAUACAAAGCGUGCUUUGGCGCUGUACAGGAUCGGAUUGCGCAUGGGCUUCGAUUUUGUGGAUGUCGAGCUCACUGCUGCGCCGAAGUUGAAGGAGUUUGUGCUGUCGCAUCGCAAGAUGUGCACGAUUAUUGCUUCGCAUCAUGAUCCGAAUGGCGCUUUCUCGUGGGCGAACGAUGCGGAGGACUGGCGGCCGUUCUAUGAAGGGGCGAGAGAGUUUGGGGACAUCGUCAAACUCGUUGGUGUUGCAAGAUCGUCCGAGGACAAUGAUGAUCUGAAGGCGUUCAAGAGGUGGUCGGCAGCCGAGCAUCCGGAGGUGCCUUUCAUCGCUAUGAACAUGGGUGAGAUUGGCAAGAUGAGCAGGGUCAACAAUGGCUUCAUGACACCAGUCUCGCAUCCAGCGCUGCCCUCCAAAGCCGCGCCAGGGCAAGUGUCGGCUGCGGAGAUCAGGACAGUGCUGGGGAUAGUUGGUGAGAUCGCAGCGAAGAAGUUCUUCCUCUUCGGCAAACCAAUCAGUCAGAGCAGGAGCCCUGCGCUGCACAACACGCUGUUCCCGUUGACCGGGCUACCGCAUCAGUACGGGCUAUUCGAGACCGACAAAGCCAUCGACAUUGAGGAAACCAUCCGCAGCCCAGACUUUGGCGGCGGCAGUGUAACCAUCCCGUUGAAACUGGACGUCAUGCCCCUCCUCGACGCCAUCGAUCCCGCAGCCAAGGUCAUCGGCGCCGUCAACACCAUCGUCCCGCAACAAGACAUUGGAGGCCAGCAGACCCUCACCGGCUACAACACCGACUGGCAAGGCAUGGUACUCGCGCUCCGCAACGCCGGCGCCAACGGCUCCGCCGGCGUCCUCACCGAAGCCGGCAUGGUGAUCGGCGGCGGCGGGACAGCGAGAGCGGCGAUUUACGCGCUGAAGAAUAUGGGAUAUAGCCCUAUCUACCUCGUCGGACGCAACAAGGCGAAGCUUUCUGAUCUCACGCAGAGCUUUUCGGAAGACUACAAUAUCCGCCUCCUCAGCAGCGUCGACGACACUCAGCGGAUACCAGAAGGCCAGCAGCCGACGGUAGCUAUCGGCACCAUCCCCGGCGACUCGCCCAUCGACCCUCAAAUGCGUGAAAUCCUCGGCACAAUCUUCGAAGUCGGCGUGACGGCUCCGAACACCGCAGGCGUGAAAGCUGGGAACGUAGGGAAGGUGUUGCUGGAGAUGGCGUAUAAGCCCGCCGUCACGGCUCUGAUGGAUUUGGCGGGGGAGAGUGGGUGGAGGAGUGUGGCUGGGUUGGAGGCGUUGGUCGGGCAGGGGAUUCAUCAGUUUAGGCUUUGGACGGAUGUGGUGCCUUUGUUUGGGGUGUCGAGGGGGGCUGUGAUGGGGAAGUAG